CAUCAACAAUAGUAAUAGACGCGGAAUCGUAGCAACCGGUUUAACUUGCGUCGGGCGCUCUAGGAAGCCAAGUUUCAAUCUCCUAAUUCCGCGUUUCGCAACACGGGAAAACCAAGGCAGUGAAUGCAUUCGGUGACAUUUAAUUCACGAUUCGUCAAUUAACGCAGCAAUGUGAAACAAAACUCCCAAGCUGCCACAAAGUACAAGAAAGAUGGUGUAAAUAAGAAGCUGCCACACAUCGCGAAAAGCAAACAAUAUCAAGCAACGGAAAGUAAAAGUUGUACCACAAAAAGCUUACAGAGGCUGUUUCAACCUUUUCUCCACGGCAUAGUGCACACAACACUGGGCAAGAUUCGUUGGGCAAGCAAACAGCUACAACAAUAAAACACCGAAACGGAAAAGAUCAGAUCGACAACACCGAUGCACACGCCCGAGAAGUGGAGUCGAUGACCUUGGAGUCAGUGAGCUGAGGAGUAGUUGUCUCAGAAGCUGUGGAAAAAGCAUUUGAAGUUCUGCAAGAAUUCCAUUCUUUGGUUACUUCAGUACCUGACAAAGGGUAAGAUUGGUGGACGGUAUUGCCUCAUUGAAAGUAUGUCUGCCACCACACAAAUCAGUGGAGCAGUAAGUCAGCUUCCAAUAUCGGAACGAAAGCCGGACUAUUUCAUCGGUGCUACCGGACGUCCCGUUUUAACAUCGCAUUUCUCCACGAUGCAUCGAACGGAUCGUUUAAAUGGAGCCAAAUCAGACAAUGUUGUUACAAACAGCAAGCUGAACAAAUGCUUGUACAAUCUCACGGUACGGAAUGGUGGAGGAUUUCCCACCGGUAAUAACGAUCGUCACGGAUCCAUCGUCGUUAGCAGCAGGAGAGUUAGUAAUAAAACUGAAAAUGAUAUAACAACGAUACCCAAGUACAGCAGCACUGGAGGUCGCUGUAGUGUAGCGCCUCCACACAUUUCGGGAGCAACUCGUGCGACUGAUAUCGGACGGAGCUCGAUUGGAUCAACCAGCGGGUGGUGCUCGCCGGGUAGCGCUCAUCAAAAAUCCGGUUCAUUCGGUGCUGCACACUGUGGGCCGCAGACAGAUCGAAGUCGAUCUGUAACGUCACCGACUUCUUCACGGUUGCUUACCGCUCGGUACAGUGUACAGCAGUAUCGGCCAACUACUACCAGCUCAACAAGAUCCGGUGUGGGACCUCCAGAAGUCAGCGCGAGUUCGCUCGUUCUACAGCAACAGUGCAGAUAUUCCAAUCAUCACAAAAUGCUGGACAAUCGGUUGACCAAUCAGCGAAGCUACGAUCGUAACAUCUUUGGGUACGAUCAGCGAAUGGAUCAGUUCGUGCUACCACCAUUGCAAAUCUAAGGCGUGAAACUUAAUGAUUGAUAUCCAAUUCUUCCUACAACUAUUUUAUAAGACUAGUUUUAUAAUCCCUUUCUACAGAUCCGCAGUAUCUUGUAGAGUAAAACAAUGUUAAUAAAAUGACAUUAAAAAAACAACAAAA